AAUUUCAUUGAAAGUUCUCCUUUUUCUUGUCAUGGCAAGACUGUGCUUUGGAAGGACUAACUACAACAUAAGAUUUGAAUCGGCUGUUGCAAUUGAAGGCGAAGAGGAAACUUUGACGGAUUACGGAGGUCUUAAACUGGUUGGACGUGAAAGAAAUUUGAACGGAACGGUUUAUUAUGCAGAUGAUAUGACCGAUGAGUUCGAAAUCUCUUGUGAUUUGUUUUCGCUAGAUCAUGGCAUUUGGAUCGAGAUGCCUUACCAAAUAAAAUCAAUGAAAUUUUGUGAGUUUGCACGAAAAUUUUUCGUGAAAUACGUUGAUCCUGUAAAUGCAAAUACAAAUUGGCCGCCAACUGAAACAGACUACUGCCCACUACAGAAGGGUGUGUACUGGGUUAAAGAGUGGACACCGAAUACUGAUUCAUGGGUAUCGUAUCUAAGGCGUGGCCUCGUGAAACUUAAAUAUCAAAUAUUUAAAGAAGGAAAGGUCGUUGGUGGUAUGGAAUUUGUGGCAAACAUAAUUGAUCGUGGAACUUAAGCAUAAAAAAAAAACUUUUCCUUAUGGUUCUUCAAAGUUAUCGAUAACUUAAAUGCAAACAAUUUUUGAUUUAUUGUGUGGUGUGCAGGACGAAUGAAAAAUAA